AUGUUAGGUCCAGUGAAAAGAAUUAAGAAGAGAUACUUGGAUGAUCCAGAUGUCGGUGUUCCUCAACGCACAGCAGCAAGAUGGAAGAACAAGAACAUGCUUGAGGUUUCCCAAGCUUCCACAUCGGAUGAUGUACUUCUUGAAUCCAACAUUAUCUCGGGUGGUGAUGUGUUUGAUCAUAUGGAUGGACAUGAUGAAGCUUCAGCAUUGACUCAAACGGAUUCAGUUGGUGUUGAUGUUCUUGAUCAUACAGAUGAACAUGAUGGACAAGAUGAAGCAUCAACAUUGGCUCAGAGAGUGUCAGUUGUUACUGACAGUGUAUCUGAAGACAGCUACUCAAUGGACUACAACUGUGCAUCAAGUAGCGAGUUUGUGUCAAGUGACGAAGAAACUGUGUCCUUUGAAUCAGAUGAUACUGAUGAGACAAGUAGUGACUCCGAUGCUAGUAGAACUGACACAGUUGACCUCUUGUGUACUGAUUCUAAUCUUUCAAUUCAAGAGAUACAGGCUGUGAAACUACUUUCAUGUUUCUUAAGGAAUAACCUGUCUGCUAGCACAUGUAAGGAUAUUAUAGUCACCUUGAGAGAAGUUUAUCCAGAAUCAGCAUCUAUUCAGAAACUAACUUAUGAAAAUAUCUGGAAAUUUGUUGAUGAUUCCAAAAUGAAGGAAUGUCAUUACUGCGUUCUUUGCAGCCAAGUUUUUCCUGACAAUGAAGACUUUUUUGCCUGUGAAAGAGAGCAAUGUGAUGGCCUCCGAUAUAAAGGUCCUUUUUCAGCACAAAUGAAAAAGGGACGUCAACCCAGACAGAGUUUUGUUUUUGCUGAUGUGAAGACACAGCUGUCAAGCCUUCUUCAGAGUCCAGGUAUUUGGAAAGAUAUACAAGAAAGGAAGAAGACUCUAGCAGAAAGAUGUGAUGACAUUCUGCGAGACAUUACUGAUGGGAGAGCUUAUCGCAGAUUGCAAGAUGAGGGACAAUUCCUCUCCGAUCCAAACAGCUUGACAGCAGUCCUAAAUACAGAUGGAGUGAACCUGUACACAUCUUCGAAAAUAGAGUUAUGGCCAAUAUUUCUUUCUGUAAAUGAAAUGACACCAUCACUUAGAUUUGCACGUGAUAACAUGCUCCUUGUUGGGAUAUGGCAAGGCAAAGGCAAACCUCCAUUCCAACCCUACAUUCAUCUUCUAUCCAAGCAACUCAAUCCUCUCUAUGAAGAAGGCAUACAACUGAGCACAACAGCAGAGGAAUGGAUUCCUAUCAAGUUAUCUGUUGUAUGUGGUAUAUUUGACCUUCCUGCCAAAGCUGGGAUUCUGAAUAUGACCUACUACAAUGGGACAGAAGCUUGCAUAACUUGUGAAGAACCAGGUGUGGUUGUGCAGCAAGGAAGAGGACACUCAAGGUGUUAUCCUUUCAGACCUGAGCAUGAGAAGCACCCUUUCAGGAAUGAUACAGAUGUUAGAUUGUCGAUGGAGAGAGGCACAGAAAGAAGGCGAAGUAAAGGAUUCAAGGGAAAGUCAGGUUUGCUGUCAUUGAAAGGAUUUGACUUAGUCAUUGGUGUUGUGCCAGACUAUAUGCAUGGGGUGCUGUUAGGAGUGACAAAAACCCUGAUGUAUAAGUGGUUUUCAUCUACAGAAAGUAGAAAUCCUUUCUUUGUUGGCAAUAAGUUAAAAGAAAUUUCCAGUCGACUGCAAAGUAUCAAACCAAUUGAAUGUAUUGAGCGACUGCCAAGAGAUAUAGAGAAACAUUAUAGCAACUUCAAGGCUACAGAACUACAAGCGUGGUUGUUAUACUAUGCAGUCCCUUGUUUGCUUGACAUACUGCCAGAUGUGUACCUGAAACAUUUUGCAUCCUUAUCAGAAGCUGUGAUUUUGCUGUUGGGUGAACAGAUAACACAUGAAAGCCUAUGUAGAGCCAGGUGCCUCCUGGAGUCUUUUUACAAGAAGUUUGGUGACUUGUAUCCCCCCGGUUCAUGUGGCCUUAAUGUUCACAACAUUGGAGAACAUCUGUGCUUCUACGUUAAAGAGUGGGGUCCUAUGUGGGCCUGGAGUUGCUUUGCAUUUGAAGAUGCCAAUGCAAUGCUACUUCAGUCAGUUCAUGGGACAGGGAAUGUCCUGAAGCAAGUUAUGAGGGCACGACAAGCAAGGGUAUUUUUACGUACACUUGACAUCACCCAAGGUGAAUGUUCAAAAUGGAAGAAGUUGCAGGAUGCUGCAAACUGUUCAAUGGCUGGUUCACUUCAACCUGUUGCUGAAGAUGACCUUACUGAAGAGAUAUUCAGAAGAUUACCAGUGACCAACCUGAGAGAAGUGAAGAAAGUUUCAAGAGUUUUGAAUGCUGAUGGGAAACGACUACCCCUACCCCGUCUCCGUCACAGUCAACGUCCCCGUCUCCGUCUCCGUCACAGUCACCGUCCCCAUCUCCGUUACAGUCACUGUCCCCAUCCCCGUACCCGUCCCCACCCCCAUCUCCGUCACAGUCACGUCCCCAUCUCCGUCACAGUCACGUCCCCAUCCCCGUCACAGUCACCGUCCCCACCCCCGUCACAGUCACCGUCCCCACCCCUAUCCCUGUCACAGUCACCGUCCCUAUCUCCGUCACAGUCACAGUCACGUCCCAUCUCCGUCACAGUCACCGUCCCCAUCCCCAUCCCCGUCCCCGUCCCCGUCCCCGCCCCUAUCCCCGUCACAGUCACCGUCCUUAUCCCCGUCAGAGUCACCGUCCCCAUCUCCGUCACAGUCACGUCCCCAUCUCCGUCACAGUCACCGUCCCUAUCCCCAUUCCCGUCACAGUCACCGUCCCCAUCUCCGUCCCCGUCCCCACCCCCAUCUCCGUCACAGUCACGUCCCCAUCUCCGUCACAGUCACGUCCCCAUCCCCGUCACAGUCACCGUCCCUAUCCCCAUUCCCGUCACAGUCAACGUCCCCAUCUCCGUCCCCGUCCCCACCCCCAUCUCCGUCACAGUCACGUCCCCAUCUCCGUCACAGUCACGUCCCCAUCCCCAUUCCCGACACAGUCACCGUCCCUAUCCCCGUCACAGUCACCGUCCCCAUCCCUGUCACAGUCACGUCCCCAUCCCCAUCCCCGUCACAGUCACCGUCCCUAUCCCCGUCACAGUCACAGUCACCGUCCCCAUCCCCGUCACAGUCACCGUCCCUAUCUCCGUCCCCGUCCCCGCCCCUAUCCCCGUCACAGUCACCGUCCUUAUCCCCGUCAGAGUCACCGUCCCCAUCUCCGUCACAGUCACGUCCCCAUCUCCGUCACAGUCACGUCCCCAUCUCCGUCACAGUCACGUCCCCAUCCCCGUCACAGUCACCGUCCCUAUCCCCAUUCCCGUCACAGUCACCGUCCCCAUCUCCGUCCCCGUCCCCACCCCCAUCUCCGUCACAGUCACGUCCCCAUCUCCGUCACAGUCACGUCCCCAUCCCCAUUCCCGACACAGUCACCGUCCCUAUCCCCGUCAGUCACCGUCCCCAUCCCUGUCACAGUCACGUCCCCAUCCCCAUCCCCGUCACAGUCACCGUCCCUAUCUCCGUCACAGUGACCGUCCCUAUCCCCAUUCCCGUCCCCGUCCCCGUCCCCAUCUCUGUCCCCGUCCCCACCCCCAUCUCCGUCACACUCACGUCCCCAUCCCCGUCACAGCCACCGUCCAUAUCCCCAUCCUCGUCCCCAUCCCCUUCCCCGUCCCCAUCCCCAUCCCCGGCACAGCCACCGUCCAUAUCCCCAUCCUCGUCCCCAUCCCCUUCCCCGUCCCCAUCCCCAUCCCCGGCACAGCCACCGUCCAUAUCCCCAUCCUCGUCCCCAUCCCCUUCCCCACCCCCAUCUCCGUCACACUCACGUCCCCAUCCCCGUCACAGCCACCGUCCAUAUCCCCAUCCUCGUGCCCAUCCCCGUCCUCGUCCUCGUCCUCGUCCUCGUCACCGUCACCGUCAUCGUUACCGUUACCAUGCCACCACGAUCCACAUCCCCAUUCCCGUCGCCAUUCUAUCCCGAUCCACAUCUCCGUCUCUAAAAUAGCAGGCAUACUUAGGGUUGUUGUUAAUAUUCUACUUCUGAACUUUUAA